AUGUCUUUUCUUUCCGAAAGCCUCUGUCUUCACAAGACAGUCAGGAAGCACUACCUGUCCCUUUCCAGUGUUGCAGAGUGCCUGGUGACGUACGUUUGGGUUGAUAAAACUGGAGAAAGAGUAAGAUCUAAAAUCAAGAGUCUGAAUGAAGAACCAGCUGGAAUCAGAGAUAUCCCAGAAUGGAGUGUUGGCUGGAUGAUAGAUGAGCUUUCAACUGAAGUAAUUUUGGUCCCAGUCAGAAUGUUUCGAGAUCCUUUUUUUCUUGACCCCAAUAAACUGGUUCUGUGUGAAGUGCUUUACAACAGCUAUGAGCCCAUAGAAAGUAAUCAGCGUUCAAAGUGUGCUAAAGUCAUGGAGGAAGUGAAAGAAUUUCAGCCCUGGUUCGGGAUGGAGCAGGAGUACACAGUUUUUGGUUUGGAUGGAGAACCCUUUGGUUGGCCUUCUCAGGAAUGGACAUUUACAAGAGGUGAGAUAAAGAUGUCUUGUGGUGUGGGCAUUGACAAAGUGUUUGGAAGAGACAUUAGUAUCUGUCACUAUAAAGCCUGUCUGUAUGCUGGUGUAAAGAUCUGUGGCACCAAUGCCGAGUCAUUACCCUCCCAGUGGGAGUUUCAGGUUGGCCCAUGUGAGGGGAUUGAGAUGGGGGAUCAUCUGUGGAUAGCCCGUUACAUUCUGCACCAUGUGUGUGAAGACUUUGGUGUUGUCGCCUCUUUGGAUGCUAAACCCAUCAAGGGCAUUGAUGCUACUUCAGGCUGUCACACCAACUUCAGCACCCUAGAGAUGAGGAGCGAAGGGGGGCUUCAGUUCAUUAAAGAAGCUAUCAGAAGGCUGGGAAAGCGUCAUUUUCAGCACCUCCAGGUUUAUGAUCCACAUGGUGGUGCUGACAACAUGACUCGUCUCACCAGUCAACGUUCUACCUCCAGUUUCCAUGACUUCUCUACAGCUACAGCCUGUCGUAAUGUUAGUGUUCGUAUCCCUGGCUAUGUUAGCCGGAGGGGCUGUGGGUACUUUGAGGACAGACGUCCUGCUGCAAACUGUGAUCCUUACAUGGUGACGAGGGCCUUGGUUGAAACCUGUCUCCUGGAAGCCACUGGAGAGGAUGAUAAGGAGGAGGAGACCAUGGCUGCUUGA